AUGAAGCCAUGCUUACAUAUCCCUCCCAGGUAUAUCAACCGUCUCCAAGAGAGGUUGGCGGCCUUGGAGAGCAAGUCAGAAGAGCACUCCCUUCUUGAGGCUACCGCUGGCCGGUCACGGAGCAUCGAUUUGAUUUUCAUGGGAACAUCAUCAAAUUGGUCCUUCAACAAGCGAGUCUUGACCAUGACCCACGAACGUGUCAAAGGCCGUCCAUUAUCAAUGCACAAUCUGCACUUCACCGGCACUGAGGGAAAGGUCUUCGAUCUAAGAUGGGAUGGAACUAGAAAGUUGACGGCACAGGAUGCUCCAGACAUGUCUGCCCUGCCAACUCAAGACUUUGCUCUGUAUCUCAUGAACUCGGUCAAGUUUCACUGCGGUUGGCUGUACAGCCUAUUUGAUGAGGACAUCUUCAUGGAACGCUUCCGUCUGUUCCAUGAGAACCCUACUGAAUAUUCCCGUGCAGAACCUUUGUGGUUCGUUCACUACCUUCUUGUCCUGGCGUUUGGGAAGGCUUUCGUGGUUCAAUCAACCAAGUCGAGACGGCCUCCUGGAGGUGACUUCUUCAUACAAGCCAUGAAGCUCAUGCCCGAUUUCAACUUCUUUGAUUGCGAUAUCAUAGAGGAGAUGCAGGUUCUUUGCUGCGCUGCUUUAUAUCUGCAAUCUGUGGAUCACAUACAACAGGCAUAUCGUCUGGUCUGCUCCGCGCUUCGUCAUGGCUUGGAACACGGUAUGCAUACUGAGAUGCAAUCCGAUGCUCUUGACGCAGCUUACGUACAGAGAAGCCGACAUGUGUUCUGGACACUCUAUGUUCUCGAACGCCAGCUGAUUUCGCUUCUGGGACUUCCGCUCAGCAUAGCUGACGAGACGAUAAGCGCACGCUUUCCCGAGUUCCCAGGACAACCGCAAAAGCUAGAGGCUCUGAAGAUACAUGUUGACUUCUGCAGGGUUCUUGCAAAGAUAAAUCAGACCGUUUAUGGCCUUGAAGGAAAGCUUGACAGUCGAUACCUGGCCGCUACCCAGUCUGUUCUCAAGAGUAUCGCUACUGUAACAGAACGAUUGAAUAAGUCCUUUGAGAUUCAGGCAAGCGAGGGGAUGGCUGGCAUAUCACGAAUAUCAGCACAUCUUCAUUUGAUGCAACACCAAAAUAAGUGCAUCAUUCUCACUACGAGACCACUGCUAUACACGUUCCUGCUUUCCAGGCUUGGUCACUUAGAGGUAGCUUUGAUGCAUUGGCUACAAUCAGAGAGUGUGAAAGGGCUAGUCCAAAUGUGCACCGAGUCGGCUCAGCAGAUUUUGAGGAUCCUCUCCAGUCUUUCUGAGCAAGGACUCUUAGAAACAUUCCUGAAGUUCGAUCAGGACGCCGCCUUCAGUGCUACAAUCGCACUGCUCAUGGCUGCUGCGAUCGACUCAUCGCUACUACCAGACCAUACUCCCUGGACGCAACGCGCCUACGGUCUCUUCGACGAAAUGAACUCGAGAGGCAAUCUUGUGGCUAACAUGGUGGCUGCUGAACUGAAGCAACUAGAAGACUUACUCAAAGGCUUCCUCGCCAACAAUGACUCGAGGCCUGUGGUUGCGACACAGGGCCCAAACACGCCUCGACAGGGUUUUAUGAAUGACAUAGACAGUGGCACAGGCUCUGUCACUGAUUAUGCCGAGCCUUUCAGUUUUGAGUCGGAUGAUGACCUUGGAUUGGGGCUGAACUAUGAACUUAGUGCGGAACAGCUGCUGAAUAUUGCCAAUUCGCUGGAUAUUGAUAGUUUGACAUGGCCGUGGCCGGAGGAUCCGAUGGCGGAGGAUGUGGACGGUGUGUGA